UCAAAGGUUUAUAUUUAUAUAAUUUAUUUUUAUUAUUGUUAGGAUAUAAAUAAACAAAUUAAUGAAGUUAAUUAAAUUAUGUUCUUGUAAAAUAUGUAGGCUAAUUUGACCUAAUGGGCCAAGCCUAGACACACUGGACAUUAGUUAACAUAAUGAAGAAUCCACCAAACAAUUCAGCAAAAUUAAAAAGUCCUUCCUCCUACUAAUAGAAUGAAUCAUUGUAACAUAAAUUUGUGGAUUUGCAAUAAAAGCAUCAAACUGACAAACGCCUUUCCUAAAUCAGUGAAAAAAAUUGCAAAUAUCAACAACCAUCUGUAUCUUCUAACCAAUGAUAAUGAUCUUUACCAAGGGUUUGUUCAAACAAAUGAAAACAAUGAGCAUUUUGUACAACUCUACCAAGUAGAGCAAAUUAAACCAUUAGAUAUAGAUAGCAGCAAUGACUGUUUGUAUAUAGUGAAUUCAGAAGGCACUGGAUUGGCAUGUAAUGAAGAUUUAAAAGUAAUCAAAGAAUUAACCCUUUGUGAGCCUUACCAAUGUUCACUAGGUCAUAAUUGCCAGACUUACAAAAUUAAAAUAAAAAGAAUUGUUGCUAAUGAUUUUGGGAUUCUAUACAUAUCAGAAAAUAACCAGCUCUGGGCAAGUGGGUUUAUGCCCCAUAUAGGCAUUAACUCUGAGGUGCCACAAAAGAUCAUUUUCUUUUCAGGAAGAGAAGUUCAUGAUAUUUGCAUUGGGGUAGACUUUGCUGUUGCACUUGUAAGUAAAAGAAAAGUUAAUCACAGUGAGUCUGAAGACAUUUUUAAUGAUGCAACUCCAACAUGUCAAGUGUGCUCCCAAAAAGAAUUGUCAGAACAUGAGUUAUGCAAUAACCAUAAUGAACUCUGCCCUUUGGGGGUUGAACUGAAACACAGCUCAAGCAGUGAAAUAGAUCAAGAACCCAGUAGUAAUAUAAAAAUAGAAAAAAAUAUCAUAUUUAGAAAUACAGAGGCUGCCAAAGAAUUUUUAACAAGACAAAUCUCUCGAAUGUCCUCUGCCGGAGAAGAAUAUCUUAUAGAAUGUACUGAAAAGCCUACAAGAAUCAUCAAAGAAAAUAUGUCUAAUGUGGCCAGUUUUGUUUAUGAAGGAGUUAAAACUGUAGGUGAUAAGGUAGCCACUCUAUCAAGACAUGUGAGCUCAAGCUCAGAAUAUGCCAGUCUCAUAGAUAACAAUAAUGCUCAAAAACAUUCUAGAGAAGAUUUAUUGUUGCUUUCUGGUAGUCAAAGCACCUCCGAACAAGAUUUAUCUGAGGCAGAAAUUUUAGAAAAUGUUGAUGGAAUAAUUAGUAGGGGGAUGCAACUGUUAAAUAGGGAAGUUUGGAUGUGGGGAAAUGUUAGAUUAGGGUGUUUAGGAACCCCUGAAGCAAAGAAUGAUCUUCCAGUAAUCAUCUCGUCCCUUUCCAACCUAGGGGUGACAAAGGUAUCUCUCCAAAAUCACCAUGCUAGUGCUAUUACUUUAGAUGGCCGUAUGUAUUUAUGGGGACGAAACAACCACCAUCAAAUAUCUAUAGAAAACAAUUCUGACCAAAUAACUCCUAAAUUAUUUAACUCCAAUAUGAAUGAGAGGGUUUUGGAUGUGAAUUGUGGCAGUUGCUUUACAGCAGUUUUAACUAGUAAGAUAAAUUUGACUUAUUUUGGAAAGGAGUCCGAAGCAAACCACCAAAAUAUUUAUAAUAGAUUUAUGUCUGAAACAGAAGAAAAUGGCAAAUUGUUAAACAACUUAGUCAGUAGCAAAGAGUAUUUAUUGUUAAAUUUAGGUCAAAAGUAUGAUGAUAGCUUUAAUAAUUUUUUAGUUAAAGAACAGAUUAUGCUUGAGGAAAUGUUAUGUGUUAACCAGUAUGUGAUAAAAAUCUUGAGCAAAAAGUCUUGUGAAUCUGAAUUCACGAACCUCUUGGAAGCUUUAUGUAAGAGUUACAUAGAUUUAAUUUAUUGUAUAGCUGCUAAUGUGGAAUCCUUAUUAGCAUAUUGCAGCAAUGCUAUUAUGAUAAAUGAUAUUAUUAUUAUAAAAAAUUUUAAAGAAUUUUUAACUAUUUUUAAAAAUUACGUAAAUGUUGUUGAAAACGUAGUUAGCAUAAAUGGAUUCUUGCAUAUUUCAAAACUGGUCCCUACUAGCCCACACUUGUACAAUUUAAAAUCUGGAAUUUUAAAAGAAAAAGAUUGCACUGAGAAAGAUAUAUCUUUAGUGCUCCUUUCCCCAGUUAAAAGGACCAAUGUAUAUACAGACUUUUUUAAAAGACACUGUCUAGUCGAACUAAAUCAAGCCAAAUGGAAAGAUUUUUUAGAAUAUAUCGACUUAAAAUCAAAAGAGGCUGAUAAAACAAGCAAUUUUUGGCUAAGCAAUGGUAAAAGCCUAGAACAUUUAAUAGUACCGCAAAGAAGAUUAGUUUGCGAUAGCCAAAAUGAUACAAUCGUGUUACAAGGUUCAAGCAGGUUCUCCUCGCACAGAUUCAUCUUAUUUUCAGACAUUUUUGCCCACAUAAGUGGCUCCUCCUCCAUUUUACAUACAUUAACAAUGAUCUGGAUCGAAUUGCCACAGCACGAUACGCAGCAUUUAAUCACCAUAAAAACCCCAGAGGACACAUUAACUUUGGUAGCAACAGAUGCCGUCACUAAGAAUGCAUGGUACCACGCCCUACAGAAUUCGGUAAAAAUCGCUUUGAACAAGAAAGAUCUUCUUCAAGCACCCUUAGCGAGGAGCGGAAGCUAUACGUUUUGUAAAAGUGGAUUUUUUAAAGAUGCAACAUAUUCUGGUAGAUGGCUUAACACGAAAAUGCAUGGCAGUGGUAAAUUAAGGUGGCCAGAUGGCAGAGUCUAUACCGGACAGUUCAGUAAUCAUUGUUUGUGUGGGUAUGGGAUUAUGGAGAUGCCUGGUGUAGGAACUUACGAGGGCGAAUGGAAAGAAAACAAACAACACGGAUACGGCACCUUCACCUACAGCAACAAAGACAUCUAUAAGGGUUAUUUCAAAGACGGGUUGCCUCACGGACACGGAUUAUUGCGCAAAGGCAACUUUAUGGCGAAUUCGGCUUCUUUAUACAUCGGCGAAUGGAGUUGCGGAAAAAAAUCCGGUUAUGGCAUCAUGGACGACAUCGCUAGCGGUGAAAAAUAUCUCGGUUUUUGGUCCGACUGUAAAAAGGAAGGUAGAGGGAUGAUCGUUACAUCGGAGGGCACAUAUUAUGAAGGGAAUUUUCAUAACGAUUUACUGCAAGGUGAAGGCAUAAUGGUGUUAGAAGAUGGUACUCAUUAUGAGGGAGAAUUUAAAGGUACUGGGAUUGUCAGUGGGAGAGGAACCUUCACAUUACGUUCCGGACAUGUGAUUGAAGGUUUCCUUCAAGGUUCUAUGGAGGAAGGUAUAAAAAUUGCAUCAGGCACGUUUAGAAAGGGUCAAGAUUCCACUCCAGAUCUCCCAAAAUCAUUUGGUCAACUGUGCACCCCUCCAUCUCAAAAGUGGAAGGCACUGUUUAUACACUGCCAUCAAGUUUUAGGACUGAAUGGCGAUUCCACUUUAGAAACUCCAAGGAUUUGGCAGAAUGUAGCUGUUUACUUAUCUGGGGCAACUACUUUAAAAAAGGGCAAGGGCGAUGACAACAGUUUGCAGAAUUCCUUGGAUCAUCUCGAUGUUAUUCCACCUUUUGGGAGGGAUAAGAUCACCAUGGACUCUUAUGGAGAAAUCAAAACCUAUUUGAAUAGGGCAUUUGAAAGUUCUUACCACCCUCUCGGUUCUCUCUUAAAUAACUUAUCAGAAGCCUACAUAUCUUCCUACAGCGGUAGGGUUCAUCCGAUACUAGUGAAUCAUGCUAUAUCAGAAAUAAUUGAUAUUACUCAACGAUUUUAUGAAACUAUUCGAUAUUUGUUUCCUGGUUUGCCAGCCUGUGACAGCGAGUGUGUUUUAAACGAUGGCCAAGAAAAAUUUGAAAUUGUAAAUUACCAGUGUCUUUUAUACCCAGUGAUAUUACCAAAGGUGUAUAACUCAUUAUGUACCCUUUUGAGCUUGAAAAAUGAAAGCCAAGAAAAACGGUAUAAAAAGGUGUUGAUCGAGUGGAACAAGUUGUCUGAUAGGAGCUUAAUGGCGGUCCUUUCUGUAGAAAAAAAAUUUUUCAACUUGGACCAAGUGAUUAAUCUCUCAGACAAAAGUUGCGCGUUCGUCGAAGCAAUAGAAACUCUACAGCAAAUAAUCUCGGUAUUUUUACCGAUCGAGAAACUAACUGUGAUCAGAAAUACGGUGGAACAUAUGACGCCCGUGGCUCAAAGUCUACUUGGAAAAACUUACUCGUGGAACAUGGACGAUCUGUUUCCGUUAUUCUUGUUUGUGGUGGUACGCGCUAGGAUUCCCCAUUUGGGCGCCGAGCUGGAGUUUAUGGAGCAUUUUAUGGAUAGAAAUCUAGAUAAUGGGGAAUUGGGAAUUAUGUUUACCACCCUUAAGGCAUGUUACCAACAAAUCCUGCAAGACAAGUCAUUUGUAUAAUUGUGAUAUGUUUAGUGCAAUAGAAUGAAUAUUUUAAAUGUUAUUUUUAUUUUUUGUAUUUUAUUAAAUUUCUUUUUUUAAGAAUCAGAACCUGUACCUGAGCCAAUGAUUUAGCCAAAAACCAAAUAAAGUACAUUAUUAGUUUU